AUGGAAGAUAUUGUAUCAUAUCAAUUUGCUCCAGUGCGACAACGUCGAGAUGAAAGACAGAAUAUUCAAUACGAAUUAAUUCUUCGGCAACAACCAAAACAAUCAAGAAUGUGUGGUAUAGCCGAUAGACGUCCUAUAGAUCCUCCACCAAUAAUUCAACUUAAAGUUCAUGAUUCUACUCUUCCCCAAUCUGAAAAAAGUUCUUUUCUUCAAAAUCCCUACUUCUUCAUGUACGCGUCCCUGGUGGCCCCGGAUACAGAUGAAGAGUUACAUUUACUUAGAGAUGGGAAAACACGUUCGACGACAGGUUCGGUCGUUUCAUCAUUAUAUCAUCUUAAGGAUAUAGAUAAUUCUGAUGCCGGAUUUUUCGUAUUUCCCGAUUUAUCCGUGCGUAUGGAAGGAACUUAUAGAUUGAAACUUAGUUUAUUUGAAAUAAUUGGCCGUGAAGUAUAUCACUGCAAAUCUAUAUUUUCAGAAGUCUUUAUUGUAUAUUCAGCGAAAAGAUUUCCGGGAAUGGAAGAGUCAACAUUUCUAUCACGUUCAUUUGCUGAUCAAGGUUUGAAAAUUCGAAUAAGGAAAGAAAUCAGGAUACGAAGGUCAUUUGAUGGUUUAUUUAGUUACACUGGGCGGUUGACCAAAAGAAAAGAAUUAGAACCAAUUGACGUUUCUGAUCCUAAUAGAAUGAAACGUGUUCGUGGCGAUGGAAAAAAUGAUGAUGAUGAAAGUCAUACGUCAUCAGAUGUAGAAAUGCCAGAUCAUCAUACUCCAUCCACAACAGAAGAUACACGCUCUAAAAUAACGCCAGAAACAUCAUCAUCAGUAGUAGAUAAACGAAAAGAACCUACUAAUAUAAAUCCAUCAUCUCCUCGACCUCGAGUACCAUAUGAUCAUAUGCAUCAUAUGGGUCCACCUUAUGAUCCAAAUGCUUCUAUGUAUGCUUCAGGUUAUCAUCCACCUCGAUGGCAUGAUCGUCCUGAAUAUAUGGGUGAUCCACAUUACGCACCUUAUUAUGACAUUUAUGAUAGUAGAAGAUAUGGUUAUCAUCCAUAUUAUUAUCCUCUACCUCCAAUUCCUCCUGAAGGAUCAGAUCAUCAUCGUUAUCCUUAUCCACCUUAUGGUAGAACUCCAAUUUCUCCUUGGUCUAGUCAUUACGGUGAACGAACCCCCACAAGAGAUCCACGCGAUCCAAAUUCAGAUUCUUCUUCAUCUCCAUAUCGUAAUAGCAAUUCUCCUUCAGUUCCACCACCACCACCACGUGGUCCCCCAAUGUAUCCUUAUCCUGAAUAUUAUCCUUCGGCAUAUCCUCCACCAAUGGUUCAUCCUCCACCUCCACCUCCCAAAAAUGAUUAUGGAACAGCUGCUCCUACCAAUGAUCCUAAUUCUGGACGUGGAUCAAUUCCACCACCACCUCCAAGAGUGUAUGGAGCUCCACCAUCUGCUUUUGCUCAUUUAUAUCCUCAUCCAGGUCGUCCUCAUGAAUAUCCACCACCACCUCGUCAUGAUUUAUAUGGACCUUUACCACCUCCGCCUCAUAGAUAUUCACAUGAAACAGGUUAUCCACCUCAUGAAGGAGUAGGUACAUCACAAUAUUCUCAAUACGGUACUACUAAUCCUGCAAAUAAUAAAUCAACGGGUCCACCUUCAUCAUCUCAAGAAGAUUCUAUACGUUCACCAUCAACAGUACCUCCAAAACAAUCUUCGUCAGGAACUUUAGAAUCUGUUAGACGGGAGAAUCGUGGUGGAAUGGAAUAUAUACAAUAUGAACCUUCCCGACGUCCACCAUAUCCUGGUGAAUCAUCUACUGGUGGUAAUGCUACGCGUAAUAAUGCACCAGUGACAUUACCUUCGUUAACUCCAUUAAGUAUUUCCGAUCGAAAUGAUCGUACUUAUCCAAGUGGUAGUUCAUCAUCUUCAUCAUAUCAUCCAAAUAAUUCUUCAUCACCAAAAAAUAUUACUUCACCUUAUGAACAUCAACAACAACAACAUUCGCAAAUUCCUUAUUCUCAAUCAUCAUCUACAUCAAACUCAUCAUCAAAUAGAAUUAUAGGAGGAGGAGGAGGAAUUGAUAAUGAACCUCCACCUAAUUCAAAUCCUUCGUCAUCAUCCCCACGUCCUGGUUAUGAAGGAGCUUUUUCAUCAUUAAGAAGACAAGAUGCUGAAUUAUCAAAUUUCCCACAGAAAUCUAUCAUCCAUAUAGAAACUAUGCGGCAAUAA